ACUAACAGUAUCAUAUCAUCCUCGUUCAGCCUGGAAGCGCCAUGGCCGACGCAAUGGAAGAUACGGCACCGUCUGCGAUACCAGGACCAAGCGUUAAAGGCAGAGAGCCAUUUUCUAACCUUGAUCUGUCGGAACCAACAAAUAAAGCACUCGAAGACAUGGGUUUCAGCACCAUGACACCAGUACAAGCAAAAUCUAUUCCACCUCUUCUGGCAGGAAAGGAUGUAUUGGGUGCUGCACGAACGGGAUCAGGAAAGACCCUUGCCUUUCUUUUACCCGCUGUAGAGCUGUUGCAUCGGCUGAAAUUCAAGCCAAGAAAUGGAACCGGUAUCAUUAUCGUCUCGCCUACGAGAGAACUUGCGCUUCAGAUAUUCGGCGUUGCAAAAGACUUGAUGGCUCAUCACUCGCAAACCUUUGGGAUCGUCAUUGGUGGUGCAAACAUUAGGGCAGAACGUGAAAAACUGGUGAAAGGCGUCAACUUGCUUGUGGCUACCCCCGGAAGAUUACUGGACCAUCUUCAGAAUACCCCGGGUUUUGUUUUCCGGAAUCUAAAAGCGCUCGUGAUCGACGAGGCCGACCGAAUACUGGAGAUUGGUUUCGAGGAAGAGAUGAAAAAGAUAAUGACAAUAUUACCAAACGACAAUCGACAAUCCAUGCUCUUUUCAGCAACACAAACUACAAAAGUACAGGAUCUCGCUCGAAUAUCAUUACGGCCUGGGCCCCUGCACAUCGAUGUCGACAAGGAAGAAGAAACAAGCACAGUAUCGACUCUUUCCCAAGGCUAUGUUGUCUGCCCCUCAGAUCGCCGGUUCCUUCUCCUGUUCACUUUCCUUAGAAAAAAUCUAAGCAAAAAGGUCAUCGUAUUCUUCUCGAGCUGUAAUUCGGUGAAAUACCAUGCAGAGCUACUCAAUUACAUCGAUGUCCCCGUUCUCGAUCUACAUGGUAAACAAAAACAACAAAAGCGUACAAAUACCUUCUUCGAGUUCAUCAACGCAAAAUCCGGUAUCCUCCUUUGUACAGACGUUGCCGCGCGAGGCCUCGACAUUCCCCGCGUUGACUGGAUAAUACAGUUUGACCCACCAGAUGAUCCUCGUGAUUAUAUACAUCGUGUAGGUCGCACGGCGCGUGCAGGGAAGGUUGGCAAGAGUCUUCUCUUCUUGCUCGAGAGUGAACUUGGGUUUUUAAGAUACCUGAAAGAAGCCAAGGUCCCGCUUAAUGAGUUCACUUUCCCAUCUGACCGAAUCGCCAACGUGCAGAGUCAGCUCGAAAAGCUACUUCAAAAGAACUAUUUCUUGCACCAGUCAGCGCGAGAUGCUUUCCGCUCGUAUCUUCAAUCAUAUGCGUCUUAUUCUUUGAAAAACAUCUAUGACAUCAAUGCGCUUGAUUUGGCGAAGGUUUCAAAGGCAUUUGGAUUGUCUGUGCCACCCAGAGUGAACGUCAAUAUUGGUGGUGGAAAGGGGGAGUCUGGAAAGAAGAGAAGAAGGGAGCAAUCAGAAAAAGGUGAGGAGGAAUGGGAAGACAUGCCUCUCGGCGAAGACGCGGAAAGUGACGACGACGGCGAGAGUGGCCACGAUCGCUCGGGAUCGCAGAAGCGCCUACGGGAUCGAAGCCAGUGGAAGAAAAAAAGAGUUGAGACACUCGGACAAAAAGCAGUGGAUAAAGAGAUGUACAGGAAGGGGAAAGAGAGGAAAACUAUGAAAGCGUCUGGGCAACAGUGGAGCGGGUAAUACCAGAUAUUCGUACAGAUACAUGUGGCCUAAGAGUUGAUGCCAGGUUGACUUAGUAUAUGUAUAUCAUGGUAUGCGAUGGUGCAAUUUUUUUCAGGGAAUAUAAGUGCAUUCAAAGUC